GUCUUGGACCGAAAGUUCAUAGCCCAAUAUCAACCGCCACUACAACAACGUCACCUCCCCCGCGAAGCGAUCCUCCCCCCUUCUACCACCUUUUUCUUUUUGGUUUGUUAAAAGGGUUAGUUUGUGUACGGAGGAAGAGAGACACGUCACAAUGUCCGCCAAGGUUCCUCGCAACUUCCGCCUGCUGGAGGAGCUGGAGAAGGGUGAGAAGGGUCUCGGCGCCGAGGCCUGCAGUUACGGUCUUGAGGAUCCCGAGGAUCUUCUCAUGAGCAACUGGAACGGCACCAUCCUUGGCCCCCCUCAUUCCGUCCACGAGAACCGCAUCUACAGCGUCAAGAUGCACUGCGGCCCCGAGUACCCUGACCUCCCCCCCACGAUCCAGUUCGUCAGCCAGGUCAACCUGCCCUGCGUCAACCCAACCAACGGCGUCGUCGAUCCUAGCCAGCUGCCCUGCCUCGCCCAGUGGAAGCGGGAGAAUACCAUGGAGACCAUCCUCAUUGAACUGCGACGAUACAUGGCCUCUUCUCACAACAAGAAGAUCCCCCAGCCUCCCGAGGGCUCUACCUACUCGUAAACCAAUCACCACGUAACAAAGGUGUCGAAAUUUCAAGAUGAAUCUUAUCCAUUUGGAGAACAAGGAGCCAGCUGCCCCUCUCCUCGCUAUUCUGCGGUAUUCGAGAACGUUAUGCGACUAUCGCGAAUUAAAAUAUGAUACACAAACUUCCACCCAGAAUGCCCCCCUUUCAGUCAUAUUACAGUCCCGUACCUAUCCGUCUUGUUUCGCUUUUCGUCACGUUCGUCAAAAGAAAUUGCUACCGCUCCGCUCCGUCCUUGAGGACCAAUCCCACAUCCAAUGAACUCGUUGUUUCAGGCGACUCGAGGCAGUCGACAUUUUGUAGAGGUGGUUUAGAAUAAAAUAGUUCAGUAUCCAGGGGAUAGUUCGUCGCGGUCGGGCAUAGUCGUCAAGAGAAACUCCCUCC